CGCGGGUAUCUGUUCUGCAAACCUAGAAGCUCAGCAGCCACGCAACACAACACAAUACAACAUGCUGGCUCAGCGCAUUGCCAAACUUCUCCGCCUUGGCACCUCUGGACACGCAGCUGUGGGGAGGGGACGUCCCGGGCUGACAGCGGGCAACUUGGAGCUGGGGAGAUGCUUCAGUGACAGCCCGAAGCCAGAAAGCACAGACCAGGGCUCUGCAGACAAAGUGAGGCUACAUUUUAUUAAUCGGGAUGGAGAGAAAUACUCGGUCAGCGCCAAAGAAGGGGAAAGUCUGCUGGAGGUUGUGAUAAAUCAAAACAUUAACAUCGAUGGCUUUGGGGCGUGUGAGGGCACCCUGGCCUGCUCCACUUGCCAUCUAAUCUUUGAGAAAGCAGCGUUUCAGCAACUGGGUGAGAUCACUGAUGACGAGCUGGAUAUGCUGGACUUGGCCUACGGACUGACUGACACAUCUCGUCUGGGUUGCCAGGUGUGUGUGAAGAAAUGGAUGGACGGCCUGACGGUCCAGGUGCCCACGGAUGUCUCAGACAUCAGGAGAGAACUGGAAGUGGAGAAGCAAACGAAACAGUAGUCGAAGCACAUGACCUGCCCUGCAAAUAUUAUCCUGGCCCUGUUAAAAGAGGGGAGGCCUUUACUUUCCAGACUGAAAGCAAACACCCUAAACCAACAAACCCCAUUUCUGAGUUCAUAUAACUUGCUGUGCCCAACAAACUCAAGCAUACGGUGGCUUAAUAUGACCGCUUAGUUCAGAUUAUACAUGGAUAGAAUCACUUGGGUCAUCUAACCACUUAACCAUGUGCAACACAGCCCCAUUUUAGCCCCCAUUUAGGCUGUGGUGCCAGGCCAGCUCCUGAAAGGGGUUCUGUGCUCAGAAUCUGUAGCCUCACCUGAAUUGGGAUGAAAAAUUGGUGCUCUGUGGGGCUCAUUUCUGCCAGAGGGAUUGAGAGAGACUGCUAGAUGUCUGCCGCUUCCAAGGAAGCUUCUUUGUGGCUUGACAGAAUUGAUGGGAGAAAGAUUGUGAAGUCCCAAAGUAGCAGCCCGUCCAAGCCCAUCAGUUGGGGGCUACAUUUAUCCCCUUUGAAUGGGCUGGGAUGUGUUCUUACUUGCAGCGCCCCCCCCCCAGUGGCCAUUCUGUGAGGCAGAGGAGGAGCAAGACUCACCCCAACUGAGCCAGCGAAAACAAAGUCAAGCUCAAUUGGUUGGAUCACGGGACCCAUCUCCGAGUCUGGCCCUGUGGUCCCCUUGGAGAUUUCCCUUCCACCAAGUCUAGUCCUGCUUAAGUUCCGAGCCCAACUUUGGCUCUUCUAGACUGGAGGCCAAUCCUCAUUUGAGCUGAUCCCUUGGAGAAGAAGAACACGGAAUUCCACAGAUGUGAAGUUAGAGAGAUGCAGUGAAUGGUUAGGGUCUGUUCCUGGCUAUGAAGUCCAUUGUUCUGGUUUUCACUGUGGAUUAUUUCUUUGCAGUGUGCAUUUUUAUUGUACAUUUUCACAAAGUAUAUUCGGAAGAAUUUCCCCUUUACAGCUACUCAUGUCAAAUAUUGUUCUGUUGGAAUGGUAGAAAUAAAAACUUUCAAGAAGAUACCUAGCAAUUGUCAGAUGGGGAGAUGCAACUUUCUGUAGGUGAAAAUCUGUAUCACCUGGGAAGGCAGUUAAAGCUCUGCACAGAGUAUAUUUACACUACUGUAAAUUGAACUAACUACUGAUGUCAAGACUUUCUACCUUUGUGAAACUAUAUAAUACGAAACUAUAUACAGGAUAUUAGAAGCACUUUUGGAGUCUCCCUGUGAAAUCUCUGCUGCUCUUUAGGUUUGCCAAUUGCCGGGAUAAUUGUUUCUCACAGUAAUUAAUCAGUUUUUUUUAAAAAAAAUUCCUUGAACUUGUAGAGAUUUAGAUAGUCUAGGAGAGAAAAGGGACAUCAAAAUGGAUGUAUUCUGAACAGCUUGAUACCACUGGCAAUCUUUAGAAAUCAAAUAGUAAAUUCUGGAUUAAACACUUAUUUUUAAAUGCAGUUUUUAUAUUUGACAAUGUUUAUUCAUCACAUCAACAUCUCUUUGCUGUAGAAAGGUCCUUUACAUUUCACUGAGGAUGAUUAAAUAAAUGUUUCUUGGUACUGUU